UAGGCCGCGGGGCUUUUUGUCAAGGAAACGCCAGUGUUUACGGCUGUUGAGUCCUCCUCUGCUACCAUCGCAACCGCCUUCUUUUUUUUUUUUCCUUAGAAGACUUGCAGGUUUUCGUUGCCCACGUCUCGUUCCAGCCAGGCGAAGAAUCAUGCCUGUACGCUGGAAGGGAUUAAGUGAGUACAAAAGAAACUUCAAAUGGAAGCAGUCAGAACAGCCUAUACACUGCAAUUCUACACAUGGACAAAAGUGCCAAUGGGCUGGCCUUCGAUCAGAUGAAUUUGGGAUCACAAGAGAACCAAAUUUUAUUUCCAAGAGAAGAGUGCCUUAUUAUGACACACAAAUUUCAAAAUCUUUUCAAUGGAAUGGAGGUAAUAGCUUGGAGAAAGAUGCAUUAUCAGCAUUGGAAGUCAAUGAGCCAGUCGAAUUGCACAAAACCAACAGCAAGGAUGUUGAACUGAAUAAGGACCCAAUUGAGACACCGGAUGCACCCAGGCUUCCUGAAAAACUGCCUCUCAACUCUGCAGGAUCUGGACCUGAAUCAGCUGAAGCACUUAGAAGAAGCAAGAAGUCAGUGCCCCAAACUCCAGUGCAUGAAAAUAAAAUAUUAGCAUCUACCAAAAAAGAAUUAGGAAAAACAGAUCAUGGGCUCAACAGAGUUCUACAGAGGAGAGCAGGCAUGAAUAUUUCACGAUCAAGAAGCUUCCCUAGAAGUUCUGAGUAUCAAAGAGAGUUUGUUUGGAAAACCCCACAGAAGCUUUCUCCGGUCCUUGCAGCAGAUCAGUUUAUUCACAGAUCAAGUCAAUCCAUUCCCCCAUUUAAGUCUCCUGUUAUUAUCCCUGAAACCGAAUAUGAAAGGAAUUUCAAACCUUCACCCUCUAUAAAACAACUGAAACAGUGCUUUCUGGAAGAGAGUGAAUGUCCUAGAUCUGAAUCAGUGUCCUCUGGAGAAAAGAAUGAAAAAAAUAUAAACACUUCAAAGACCCCAGAAAAUUCAUUAAGUCAAAAUAAAUUAGAAGCAAAACAGAAAGAAGAAAAACAGAAACAGAAGUUGCCGUGUUCACGCAGAUGUUUUAAGAAAAUGAACACAGAAUAUAGAUCGAAAUUCUUGUCUCCUAGUCAAUACAUUUAUAAACAAGGAGCCUGGGUUCAUGUCAGAAAAAAUAUACCUAAUCAAGGUUCUCAAAAUACCCUAAAUACCAUGUGGUAUAUGGAGGUGAAAGAACUUCGAGAAAAAGCAGAAGCUUAUAAGCAGAGGAUACAAGGAACUCACUUUUCCAGAGAUCAUUUAAAUCAAAUCCUGUCAGAUAACAAUAGACUCUGGGAUUUGUCUUCUGAAUCCAGUGUGGAAGAAACUAUGAGCAACAAUAUCAGAGCACUUGACUUAGCAGGGGUCCCUGAAAACAAACUAUCUUCAGGUCCUAAAAUAUUGGCACAAUCUGCACAGUUGCAGCAAAAUAACAUUGGAAAUUUAGGUGUAUCAGAUGCUUCUACUAUUCCUGUCAAGCGAUGCCUAGUUUGGGAUGAAUCACAUGAUGAUGAGCAACAAGAAGAUAUAUCACCUAUAUUAGGAGAAUGCAAAGAAAAAGAAAAGCAAGAAAUUGAUGAAGUUAAAGAAGUGGGAAAAAAUGGCAAGGAUGCCAGUAUAGACAAUCAGCAAAAUUCUUCAGAAGGCAGGGCAGAUUCUUCAGAAGUUUUAAGAGGAUGUGGUAGGCUUCCAACUCCACAACUUAAAACUCUUGGUGGAAUCCAAAGAACACAUCAUGAUCUGACAACCCCAGCUACAGGAGGAGCUAUUCUAGUAUCUCCUCAGAAAGGGAAGCAUACAUCCUUACUGCAAAUAGAAAAGGAAUCUUCAGAAAAGCAGUCUUUGGCAAAUAGUCAAGUUUCAAGAGAACAAAUAAAAGGAAAAACUAACAGGGAUGAAGAAAAGACUGUGACUAAUUCCCCAGCUGCAGGGCUAAAAACUUUGGACCCUUUGCCUCUACGAACAGAUCAGUACUCCAAUCAAGAUACUUCUGGUACAAGAAACGGUGCAACAUCAGAGCAGAUGCCUACAGUGUCAGAAAGAAAGCUGGCUAAGGGUUCUGCUGUACCAUAUUGGAGUCCAUUGUGUCGCAUUCAAGGAAGUCUCCGGGAUCCAGAGUUUCAGCAUAAUGGUACUAUUGCAAGCCCCAAAAGGAGCUGGUUACAGUUACCCCUUCAGGAGAGAAACUAUCAUGAUGAAGAUGAUGAUGACAGACUGUCCCAGUUGUCUGCUCGAUCUGCUGCUUCUGGUUCUCUUGCAGCUCAGGUUCUAGAACGAGCUCAAAGAAGAAAAGAAAAUUUCUGGGGCAAGAUGUGAUUGAAUUUUGCUGUGCUUGUAAUUUGUUUUAUAGUAGGGUAUUUUAACUUUUGCUAGAAAAAAAUUGUUAAAUACCGAGGUUUUUUUUUUACCAAUAAGGGGAAAGGAUCUGAUUUAAGAAUGCUGCAAAUUCAAAUACUCUUUUUUGACUUGGUUUAAUACUCAAGUACUUGAUUUGAAAUAUCAACUUAUCCAAAAUAUGCAUUCUACCUCACUCUCAAAAAAGCAUUACAAACAAAUAGACUACAUCAUAAGCUAUUUUUACUUAAUGAAUUCCAAAGGACUUCAUAUCACUUUUAAAAAGCAGUGAUUUGGUGCCAUAUUAUACGUUUCAAGAAGUCCUUGAUCUUAUAACAGAAAUGCAACAUUAAACAUAGCCAAUGAAAAAGUUAUGUGAAAGCAAAAAAAGAUGAAACAACUAUAAAGGAUUAUUUGUGUUAUUCUUGUAUUACUCAGCAAGCCUAAAUAUAUUUUUUAGAAAUCUUCAUUCAUUACAUAUAUAUAUAACUUUUAGUUGGAUUAUUUAUUAUUAAUCUCUGUGUUCCAGCAUGGACCAUCAGUUUUUGAUAGAUCAAAUACAAUUUUUUUAUUCUACAAUACUAAACUAACUUUGCCCAAUUGGAUGAUCUUUCAAGAUUAUUACUCCUAUACUUCCCAGCCAUUAGGACCAAUAGCCAUGUUGUGGGGAAUUCUGGAAAUUAUAAUUCAGAAAAUUUGGGGAGAAACCAAGUAAGGGAAAUUUUUAAAGCAGUUUCUAUUAUGAAGUUAUGAACAAUACAGUCACAAAUAUUACUGUCAUAAUCAAUUUUCAAAUAAUUACUUUGGCAUUUCAGUAUUGCCCACCAUUCUCCUUUACCUCAAUAUUUAUAUCAUGAUGACUAGCUUAAAACUGAAGUCUAUUGCAUUUCAGAUUGUAAUAUUAACAUGACUUAUAUAAUAAAGCACAUGAGCAUGUAUUACUCGUGUGAUAGUUCAAAAUUUCAGAGAAGAUGCAUUCUUGGCAAUCCAUUUUCUUGAGUUUAAAUCAUAAGCUAGCCUUAGAUUUUGUACAUGAGAAUCAUUAGCCAAACUUAAGAGUAAAAUUUGUUUUAAAUAUUAUGUUUAGGGACUACUAAUUCUUCCCCAAACUCUGGUAAUUUGAAAAAGCUGAAUUAGGGAUAUGGUUCCCUAGCUGUUGGACACCAAGUUUCAUAAUUUGUAGUCAGUGUGACUAUUGGUAAGAGAAAUGUUUGAAUCCAGCAAGUUCUAGAAGCAAUGUAUUUUUGGUCUUAUACUUUAAUAAUUCAGAAAUUUUCUUGAUGUAAUUAUUGCAUUAUUGUAAAAUAUAGUUUUAAACUAGAAUGAAAAAUUAUAGUUAAAUAUGCCGGAUAUAAUUAGUUAUUUUCACAUAUUACUAUUAUUAUAUUAAAAAGAUAGGAUUUGUGCAAAAACCCUUGACUUUUCUGUAAUAUUUUAAAAAUGGUUAGAUUUGUGUGAUAGGAUUGUACAUGCUUUAAAAUUGAGUAAUAUUUUUGUAUAACAAAAAAAUGUUAAUUAGAAAUGUUUAUAUCUGUGCCACAUUUUCAUGUUUCUUGCAGUAUCAUUGUUUCAACAUAAAUUUCAGUUAAUUCAACAUUUUGUUUUAUUUUAAAAGACAUAUUCAAACUAUGUACUCAUACAUUUAAAUUGUAUUGAAACAUUUCGAGAAACAGAAAAUCUUGGUGUCUUCAUUUGCAUAUCAAUCCAGAAAUUAUGUGUAGGUCAGAUAAUUACAUUUUCAACUCUGCAAAAAUCAAUUUUUUGAGAUAGGUUUAGUUGAGGAAGAAAAUCAUACAGGAAUUUUUCAGUCAUUACUUCAUUUCGUUAAUGUUCAUAUAACAACAUGAAGUAAUGACUGAAAAAUUGCUGCUGAACCAUUCAGUCUGGUUUAUCUGAAAAUGAUCCCAACUGAUUCAUUAAUGUAACAAAUUGAUUAUCUUUGGAAAUUUUGGUCUUUCACUUUGGGUCCAAACAAAGCAAUUGCUUAUUUUGAAUACAAUAAAUGAGGGUUUUGCUUAUUUAAUUCUGUCUGCCGAACAGAAUGAGUGUACCAUUUUCUUAGCGCGGUGUUCCUGGAAAUAUUUAUGUAUUCAGAUUUCUGGCACUCCUGCCUGUAUUUAAUCUCUCUAAUUUGAAUGAAUAUAUUACAACCCAGAAAUGUGGUUAUGACAUAGUUGCUGCAUUGUAGCAUUCAUAAUCAUUCCAUCUUCUGGAAAGUUAGAAGAGAGGAUUACAUGAUUCCUGGACACUGCAACAGUCAUAAAUAUGAGUUAGUUGUCAAGCAUUCAAAUGUAAAUCAUGUGACCAUGGGGAAGCUACAACAGUUGUGUGAAAAAUGAUAAUAAAUUACCUUUUUCAGUGAUGUAACUUUGAACAAUCACUAAAUGAACUGUUGUAAGUCAAGGACUACCUGUAUCAUAAAAGUUCUCAAGGAACAGAACGCGCACCACAAGUUAUGAAAUAUACCCUUAAUGGCUUUAUUAUAGGAUUUCCAGAAUGGAUUUCAUGCACAUACUAAGAAAAAUAUUUUGGCCAAUUUGGUAACUAGUAUGUGUUGCUACCAGCUUUAACUUCCCCUGAGCUAGGUAUGGGGUUGGGACAGGAUCCACUAAAUGCUGAAUUGUGGAGACAUUGUUUUUAAAAAAUUAAGACAGUUUGUCCCUUUGCAAUCUUCUCCCUACAGCCCUGCUUUUAAAUCCUGUGUGAUAUAUAAUAUGGGAUGUUUUCAAUUUGUUAUUUAUUGUUAUUUAUUCAUUAACUUUAUAUGCUGACCAUUUUAUUGUCAAGGGACUCUGGGUGGCUUACAGCAUCAUAAAAGCAAGUACACAAAACAUUAAAAAUUAAAACGAACAAAGGCUAUUACGAUAAGUUUAAAACCAGAAUAAAACAGGAUGAGAGUGGGAUAUACUUCCUAGUCCAUUCACCACCUCUGACAUAAGACACCCCCAUUGGGCAUCAUCUUCUAUUUCAGACCUGGAAUUUUCAGUGUUUCUGUAAGAAUAGUUCAAUCCAAAUGUAUUUGUAUUGGAUGAUGGUGUUUGAUGGAUCUAUAAUUGCUAUCUGAAAUAUUUGACGAGCACAAAACAAGGUAUCAAAAAAAUAAUUGCUUGGACUUAGUGAACUGGCCUCUUAUCCAGUUGUCUCACACAUGAACCUUCAUGGGUUGCAGCUUUUUUGUUUUCCUCAUCUUAUUUUUCUAAAUGAAAAUGUAAGGUUGGAGUUACAACAUUUUUUCAGAGAUCCAAGAUUGAAAUCAAUAUUGAAAACAGUUAACUGUUGUUAGCCUCUUUCCUUUCAACAGUUUGUCACCUUUACUUUUCAUUAUCAAGAAAUAAUUUAUAUGGUAUGAAGAAGGCUAAAUUUUACUAUGUAGCCUUUAUUUUCUGAUGAAAAUCUUAAAAUUCUUUUCUGAUUAUGUCAACAUCCAACUUGAAUAUCCACAUCAGUCCAUGUCGAGUGAAACAUUGGCAGUUAUGUGCCUUUUUGUUUUCAACUUGUCAGAUUAAU